AGAAGAGAUGAAGCUUGCACUUGUCUUCCUGUUGGCUGUCACAACUGUGUCUGGGUGUGGUGAACCCAACUAUGAGCCCAACAUCAGCCGUGUGGUGAAUGGUGAGGAGGCCCGUCCAUAUAGCUGGCCAUGGCAGGUUUCUCUGGAGUCUUUCUUCCCCACUUGUGGAGGAACUCUCAUUGCUCCAGACUGGGUGUUGACUGCUGCACACUGCAUCACAUUCCACACAUACAGGGUGGUUCUUGCUGAGCAUGACAUGAACAAGGAGGAGGGACCUGAACAGUCUAUCAUGGUGGCAAAAAUGAUCAUUCAUCCUAAAUGGAAUGACAACUGUGUGUCUUGUGGGAAUGACAUCGCCCUGCUUAAACUGGAGAAGAGUGCCGUUAUCAAUGACAAGGUUCAGCUGGCCUGCCUGCCACAGUACAAUGCUGCUGUCACCCACAACCAGCCCUGCUAUGUGACAGGCUGGGGUCGUCUUUACUCUGGCGGGCCUCAGGCAACUACACUGCAGCAGGCCCUGCUUCCCGUGGUGGAUCACAGCGUCUGUAGUCAAAGUGACUGGUGGGGUAGCUCAGCAAAGACGACAAUGGUCUGUGCAGGAGGAGAAAGCAAGUCAGCAUGCCAUGGCGACUCUGGAGGCCCUCUGAACUGUAAGGGCAGAGAUGGCAGAUGGUACGUCGAAGGAGUGACGAGUUUUGUCGAUGGACGUGGAUGCAACACCCCUAAGAGGCCCACAGUCUUUACCCGUGUGGCUUCUUUCAUCCCUUGGAUCAGUGAGACGAUGUCCCAAAACUGAGGUAGUUUGAAGAAAUUGAUCAUGGCGUGACAGAACAAUAAAUGAAAUGUCCAUAUA